AUGGACGAUCUCAACCAAGGCAAGAAAGGCAUCAGUGACAAUGAGGUAGAAGAUUUUCUCUGUGAAAUGAAACAGCCAUCUCUGUUUGACAACACUAAGUUUUAUAGACUCCGCAGUAGAUUGGUUGAACUCGUAGAAGAAAUCAAAUUAAAAAGAGUAACAGAAAGAGAAAAUGAAGAAAAAAUCCGACAUUUAGUACAUGAGAAACACGAACUCGAGAGAAAACAGGAAUCGAAGCAAGAAGAAAUGCUGAACCUCUCAGACGACCAUGAUCAUAAAUUACAGGAACAAAAGCGUCACCUUGACGACCAGAUUCACUCGCUGAAAGAACAAGUGAAAAAGUUACAAGUCCAUAGAGAAGUUCAUGACAAAGAAGCCAAAAGUUUAAAAGAUGACAUUCGAAGUUUACAGUGGACUAAGUAUAAUUUGGAAAAGAAACUAAGAGAACAGGAACAUAUGUUAUCAGCCCAUCACAUGUCAACCGACCAACAUCGUAACGAGAUGUCCACCAUUGAGAAAAAAAUGGCGGGAAUGAUGGCACAUUAUCAACAUCUAGCAGACACACUGAAACGUCUGGAACUUAAUGGUGAGUGA